UCAAGUCUUCCCAGUCCCAAGGCAUCAGGUCAACUCCAAACAUCCAAAUAUGAACCUUGCUAUGCUCCCCCUAUUCCCACAAUCCCAGUUUCCGGAUUCUUGCAGUUUUCGUCAAUGGAUCAAUUUAGCGUUUCCUACACAAACUGAUCGUAGCGGAAUGUUAGAUUCGGUUUCAAAAUUGGCUUUGACUGCCCUGCUUAUCUAUGAUUCAAAUUUUGUGAUUCGCAAGUGGAUUAGUCGGCCUGCCCACACCCACAGUGGCGAUCCUGCUCAUUCUGCCGAAGAUUGCAGCACUCAUAAGGACACGAAAUUUACGAACCAUUGCAGCACUCUCGAAAUUUACGAAAUUUACGAACCAGCACUCUCAAAAUUUACGAAAUUUACGAACCAUUGCAGCACUCUCGACACGAAAUUAACGAACCAGAAUGAUUCUGCUGGAGUGGAAUUAACGAAUCAGAAUGCUUUUGCCGAAGGUUCCAUCUCAGAGACACUAGUUUGAUCCUGGAAAGCUCUUGCCUCAGUGUUGUCAGUGGGCUUUUGCACUGAUGUCAGUGAUGUGCUGCUUUGGUUUGCUUUUGUUUGCUUUGCUCUCUAGUUUUCUUUGAAUAAGCUAUGGUUUAGCUUGUUUUGUUUUGUUUUGUUUGUUGUACCGUUUAGCUUCUCUGCAAGCUUUUAGCUUGAGUGUGUAAUAAUUGGGCUGUUAUCCUGUUAUGGACCCUGCCAUGUGUUUCUUUAUCUUUUCCUUUGUACUCUGUUUAAGCUGAUGAAUUACCCAAAAAAUUAUGAUCCAUCUGAUUAAUAUUUCCAAA